UUGUUGAAGAAUUUCAGAAGAAAAGAGAUUUUGUGGAGGAGUACACACCACUUACCAAGGAGACAUAUGGGGUCAGUAGUUGUAAUAUUUUUCUAGGGGUGCAUUAUGAUUCAGUAAUUCCCUUCACUUUCUGCCACACAAUUCAUAUGAUGUUAGUUGGGAGAAUUUGGUUUUGGGUCAACUAACAAUCAGAGCAUCACUUGCCUGCUUGGUGUUGUAUUGAUGUGGUGAGGAGAAAUAAUGUUUUGGUCAUGCAUGGGUUUAGCUUCUAAGUAAGAUUUGACAAUUUUGAGAUUAUUUCCUUCAAUAAAUAAAUGUUUUUCUACUUAUGUUUUUUUGUUGAACUUCACCAAAAUGGUAUACAGUCAGCAACGUAUGUAGCAAUGUUUUAUUUGCUGGAAUGUGUAAUCUGCAUUAAGGUUGUGUAGGCUGAAAUAGUGAAUUAAAACUUCAGAUCUCAUGAUUUUGGUGAAUGGUCCAGUCCAGUGAAUUUUAACAGAAAAUAUGACCAAAACAUUGAUAUCUAAAGAACAUUCAUGUGAAAACAACAUAAGGGUGGCAAAGACAUACUUGAAGUAUUAUUCAACUAUAGAGUAUUUUAAUGUACUAGGAUGUUGCAAAAUAUAUGAUUGUUUUUGAUAACAUAUGAUAAUGUAUGAUUAUGACAAUCUCACCAUAAUGGCAUAUUUGUACAUGUAUAUGUAAGUUUGGUAAUUUUGAAUUUCUUUGUGAAUUUUAGGUGUUGCUUUAUAGCAGUGAAUGAUUUUAGUUCUGACAUCAUGACAGCAUCUGCUGGUGAUGAUAAUAGUACCAAGGAAUUGAAAGGG